UGGGAUCUGGGCGGCCGCGUCCGGGGCCUAGUUCGGUGGCAGGGACGGGAGUCAGAUCCGGGGCCCGGGCUGGGCCGGAGUGGAAGUGGGAGCCGGAGCCGGAUCUGGACCGAGAUCGCACCCGAGCCGCAACGAAGCGGGAGCAGCGCCGGGGCCGAGCCACUCCCAAUGUACAGCCAUGGAUGAGGACAGUCAGGACGAGCUGAUCCACAGGGUCCGUGGGCAGCGCGGAGGAGGCGGGGGCCGAGGGGGCCGGCGCCACCUGGAAGUGUUCAGCGAGGAGGAGGACGACAGCAGUGAGCAGGGCCCAAGCGGAGCCUCUGGGGACGACCCUGACAGCAGCAGCAGUGAGGAGGAGGAGGAGGAGGAUGGAGAGGAAGGCUCCGAUUGGGAGAGUUCUGAAGAUGAUGGCGACUCUACAGAGGGAGAAGGGCCAGAGGCGGCUUUGGGGACCACCCCAGAGCCCCCCAAAGGACAGCCAGAGCCUCUAGCCGGGGCAGGUGUCAGCUCCGAUGAGGAUGCCGAGAGCUGCCCCAUCUGCCUCAAUGUGUUCAGGGGCCAGGCGGUGGGCACCCCAGAGAACUGCGCCCACUACUUCUGCCUCGACUGUAUAGUGGAGUGGUCCAAGAAUGCCAACUCUUGCCCCGUGGAUCGAAUUCUCUUUAAGUGGAUUUGCAUUCGGGCAAGAUUCGGCGGCAAAGUCUUGAAAAAGAUCCCUGUGGAGAGUCAAAAGGCCCUCCAGGCUGAGGAGGAGGAAGAAGACCCAACCUUCUGUGAGGUGUGUGGCCGGAGCGACCGGGAGGAUCGGCUGCUGCUCUGUGAUGGCUGUGACGCCGG